AUGUCAAAACCCAACCUCACAUCACAAACCUCAACCCUCCGCGCCCUCAACCCUAGAGAAGCGAAAGCACUCGCUAGCGGCAAGAAACACCCUUCAAUACCAAAUUUGACACCUAUUCUACCAAGUCCAUCAUCGGAGCCCGCAGGCCCCAGCUUCGCUCCCAAACCACGCUUCCGCUCCUUCUUCUCCAACCUCCGCCAGCGAUAUGCAGCACUCCCACGGCCUGUCCGAUUGGCCUGUCGCAGCGCACGUGUACUUGCACCAAUGAUUCCUAUUUGCAUGUUCUUUUCACAGCAUGUCAUGCAAAUAAUGUGGGUCAAGGGCCCAUCAAUGACACCCUACUUGAACGAAGAUUACGACCAGAUGCACACAAAAUAUGACAUGGUACUGGUGAACAUGUGGCCAUUCGGGCAGCUCUGGCCCUGGGCCAGUCCGCGCAGGUUAGAAAGGGGGAUGGUGGUGACAUUUCGGUCACCCGCAAAUUCAUCCCACACUGCUAUCAAGCGCGUUAUUGGCCUCCCCGGCGAUCGUAUCUCCACCCGCGAGCCCUGCCUGAAACCUACUCAGAUCGUUCCGUUCAACCAUGUGUGGCUGGAGGGUGAUGCCGAGAACCCUAACCGAUCUCUCGAUAGCAAUACAUAUGGACCAGUCAGUAUCAGCUUGAUCACAGGGCGAGUGUUUGCUGUUCUUGGGCCACGGAGGCGAUGGUUGAAUUGGGAAGAUUGGGAGGCAGGAAAGGUGGGAAGUGACGCGCCGAAUGACACGUUCAAGGAUGAGUAUCGAAAGGAGGUGCGCGGCCGGGUUGUUAAGCAAGCAGUGCAGAUUGAGCGGCCAGCAGACUUUUGA